CAAUUUUCGCCCCUUAAUUUUUCUGUUCUCAAUCACAUCACACGAAUGCGUAUUAAUUUUCUUUAUACAUACAUAAUUUGAAAAGGUUGACCUCUUGGAAAAUAAUCAGAUUCUCUUUUUAGGGGAAGCGAAAAUGGAUUCCUCACCCCCACCUCCGACCUCCGCCGCACCACCGCCGCACGAGGCGGAGGCCAAGCGCGAAGAACGACAGAUUGAGAUGGCGCACAAGACGAAAGUGAUACAAUUCCUUGGCCGGACUACUCCGAUCGUUCUCCAAAAUGACAAUGGCCCCUGCCCCCUCCUCGCUAUAUGUAAUCUUCUUUCGCUAAAGAACAGUUUGAAUUUGAGUCCAGACAUUCCAGAGGUUUCACAGGAGAAGUUGCUUUCACUUGUUGCUGAGCGCUUGAUUGAUUCGAACAGUAACACUGAAAAUAAAGAUGCUGGCUAUCUUGAAAAUCAGCAACAGAAUAUUGCUGAUGCAAUUGAUUUGCUUCCCAGGCUUACAACUGGAAUUGAUGUGAAUUUAAAAUUUAGAAGAAUCGAUGAUUUUGAGUUCACUCCAGAGUGCGCAAUAUUUGAUUUACUGGAUAUCCCACUGUAUCAUGGAUGGAUUGUUGAUCCACAGGAUCACGAAACUACAGAUGCUAUUGGUUCAAAAUCAUAUAACACUCUCAUGGGGGAGCUUGUUACAUUGGACACACAAACUAUGAAGAGUGAACAGAGAAAGGACACAGAAGGUGAUACUGUAGAUUUUGCAGCUUCAACAACUGCAGCUCUGGGAGUACCUUCUCCUUGUCUUUCUAGAGGUCAAUCAUUUGACGAGUCUCCUCAAAAGGUAAAGAAAGGGGACAGAGAAGAAGAAGCAGAGCUAUCGAGAGUCUUGGAAUUAUCGGAAGCAGAAAAAUCUGGUUCAGUAGCAGAUGGUGUUGUUGAACCGGCAGUACAUUCAGAAACAGUGGAAAAGCAUUUCAUGGAUGAAACUGCAAAUACUGGGACAUUGAUUUCUGAUGAUACCAAUGUCCUGAGCAAUCACAAUGUAGAUAAAAAAUUACCCGAAGUAUUUGCACCUGAAGCUGUUUGUUCUUUCUCGAAUACUGUCCAACGUACUGACAAGGAAUCUAAAGAAUGUUGUGGAAGUGCAGUUGAUACUACUGAUAGUGAUCCAAAGACCGAGAAUGUAAAUGUGCAGCCCGUUUCUUUUGGAGAAGUUCCCAUUAACUUGCUGAAUAAUUCCCUAACAUUUGACGUGGAAGUUCCCAUUAACCCAAGUGAGUGUAAAGAUAGAGACACUUCUAGUUUGCUGACCACUGCUGCAGAUUUAGAUUCAUCAAGGGGCCAAGUAGGUAAAAUUGAUAAACCUCAAACUUUCCCUUCAAGUGUUGAUAACACUGAACCCAUGUACGAAGGGGAAGAGCGCAUAAUGUCACCAGGGCCUGUGGUUUAUGAAAAUCCAGAGCCCGUUUAUGAGGGUGAGGUGGUUCUUGCAGAACAGGUGGAUACAGGUUGUGUGAAUGAUGGUGACUUUAAUGACAGAAUAUCUGUUAAACAAGGGGAAGUGAUCAGGGAAUUUAUGAAGACGAGUGCGAGUCAGUUGACUAUAUAUGGUCUAUUUUGCUUGCAAGCUAGGGUGAAGGAACGUGAACUUUGCGUGUUUUUCAGAAAUAAUCAUUUCAAUACUAUGUUCAAGUACGAGGGUGAGUUAUACAUUUUAGCUACAGACCAAGGUUACCUAAAUCAGCCCGAUUUGGUAUGGGAAAAGCUGAAUGAGGUGAACGGUGAUACUUUGUACAUGACCGGGAACUUUAAGGAAUUCAAGAUGGAUGGCCAUUCCAAUAGCACAUGGGAUGAACAGAAUACCUUGGCCAGUACUGCAGACUAUAUAGCCAGCAUUGAUAAUGUAGAUCCAUCACAUUCAGAUUUCAAUUCCGAUUUGCAAUUGGCAAUAGCUCUUCAACAACAGGAAUUUGAGGAACAACAGCAGCAACAACCACCACAACCACCACUGCAUAUAGUACACGAACCAGCUGUUAGUAGUGGUUCAAGGCUGAUCACCGGUCCCCCCCACGUUUCACAGAGUAGUGGGAAGAACACGCCAUCUUCCUCAUCUAAGCAAGACUCAAAGUCGAAGGAGAAGUGCAUUUUGAUGUGAUUUACUUGUACACGGGAAGUUAUGUGAAUGCUACGCUACGAUUGUUUCUUGGUCGAAUUGAAACUCGUGCCAAACGAUAAUGCCAUGUUUGUAUCACUAACUACAGAUGCUUUGUUGUGUAAAUAAGAAUCACAUCAUCUGGCUCUGUAAAUUUGAGUUCUUACCUGCCUUGUUAUGGAUGGAAUUUAUCCUGGAUUUUGACUUGUGGUAAUAACACAAUGUGGAGAUGUCAAGUUUCUGUA